CCCAUCUACCCCAUUCAUCUUUACCUUCGUCAGUCGCCGCCCUCACACAAUCGGUCAGAAAUGUCGUCGUACAACGUGCGCUUUGCCCCUGGCGCCGAGCCCUCUGCAUCAUCCACCAAGCCGGCCACACCAGAUGUAUGUCAGGCAGGCAGGCAGGGAGGCAGGGAGGGAGGGAGCAGAUCAGACACACAGAAGACACAGAUCCACUCACACUGUCUGUCUGUCUGUGCAGUAUUCGAUUCAGAAUCUGGCGCCGCCGAGCAUGAGUGGCCGCAAGGUGGGUGUGCUGGGCAGCACCCCCAUCAAGGGCCGGUGGAGCGGCAUCUCGAGUGUGAGCAGCACCUCCAAGGUCAGCAGCUUCAUGCUCAACCGCCUCUUCACCCUGCCCGACGAGGAAGACAUGCAAGACCUCGAGGUACCUGCAGGGUGGUCGCAACGCUGCCCUCCACUGCCCCCCAACCACGACUGUCCUUUGUUGCCUGUUGUCUGCUGACUCUGUCAUCAGAAUGACCCCAGGCAGGUGGUGCUGACCGAGGGCAAACUCCCAGACCGAGUCAAAAACGUCGAGGUGAGAGGGGCUGAGAGGGCCGGAGGGAGAUGACGAGGUGAAGUGGUCUGUAUGUAUGCGAUUGUGUGUGCCUGGAUGGAUGGCUGCAUGCAGUAUGCUGUGCGGGGCAAGGUGCUGUACAAGUCGUGGGAGAUCAACAAGCAGCUCAAGGACGACCCAGGCACGCAACCCAACGCAACAGCCAGACAGCCAUCCAUGGUGACUGGUGGCGCUGUGCCCGUGUGUGUGUGUGUGUGUGUUGGUCUGUCUGGUCAGGCUCUCUCCCCUUCACCGAGGUCACCCGGUGCAACAUCGGCAACCCACAGGCCGUUGGCCAGACACCCAUCACAUACAUCAAGAAGGUAAGCUACCACUUUACACACACACACAUGCCACACAGAAUCCGCCGUAUGCCUGCCUGUCUGUGUGUUGGGUUCAUCAGUUUGCCUCAGUGCUGGUUGACCCCUCUCUGCUGGACGACUUCCCCGACCGAUACCCCUCGGACAUCGCGGACAAGGCGAGGAAGGUGCUCAGCGAAUUCCCAAAGUUUGGCGCAUACUCGGAGAGCAAAGGUGUGUGGUCGGUGACACUUGACACUCAGAAUGAAGAGCCUCUGUAUGCGUGUGUGCAGGCAUCAAGUUUUUUCGUGAGGUGGCUGCCGAGUGGAUGACGGAGAGGGACGGCUACCCCACCGACCCAGAAGACAUCAUCUACACCAAUGGUACACACACACGCAGAGAGAGAGAGACAGAGAGGGAGAGGCACCCUGUCAUGUCAUCAGGUGCGAGCAUGGCGAUUCGGACGGUGCUGGAGCUGUUGGUCGACGGCUACGACACCGGGAUCCUCAUUCCGUACGAAGACAUACAUGCGCACACCACAAGGCAGAGCCAGAACCACAAACAUGCCUGUGCCUUGUCCACAUCUGCCCACACAGCAUCCCCCAGUACCCGCUGUACACGGCAUCCCUCGUCAGGCUCGGCGCACGACCCAUCGGAUACUACCUACAGGCACCGAAACGAUCCACAUACACACACAGCAACAGCCACACUCGCAUGGUAGCAACUAUGGCUGUCUGUGUUGUGUUGAUUGUGUGUGCAGGAGGAGAAGAAUUGGGGUCUGUCGGUGUCCGAUCUGCAGGAGGCGUUGGAGGACGCCAGGGAGAACGGCGUCAAGGUCAUGGGCCUGGUCGUCAUCAACCCCUCCAAUCCCACCGGCACCGUACUCACACGACAAGAGAUGGAAGAGGUCAGUCAUCAGCGCAGUCACGGCAGCCACAUGCACUCAAAUGCUCAUCUGGGGUGUCCGUCUGUGUCUGUUUGUGCGUGUGUGUGUGUCAGAUUGUCCGCUUCUGCGAGAAGAACCGUCUGGUGAUCCUGGCGGACGAGGUCUACCAGGAGAACAUCUACAGCGACGAGAAGCCAUUCAUCUCAUUCAGAAAGGUAGCUCAGCUAGCUACACAAUGAAAUGAGCCUUCUCCCUCCCCCGCUGCGGUCACACGCCUGCCUGCCUGCCUGACUGCGUAGGUUGCGGCGGACCUCAACGUGUCCAUCGAGGUGUUUUCCUUCCACUCGGCCAGCAAGGGCAUCAAGGGCAACUGCGGCUUCAGGGGCGGCAUGGUGCACUGCAUGAACCUCGACAACGACGUCAUGGCCCAGCUCUACAAGCUGUUCAGCCUCUCGCUGUGUGCCAACACGGUGGGCCAGGCCAUCAUGGCGGCCCAGCUGACCCCCCCGAAGCCCUUCGACCCCUCAUACGCACAAUACGAAAAGGAACGGUCGGUGAGAAUGCACGCUGCCGAGAGAGGGCAAUGGUGACCUGUCGGUUUCUCUCUGUGCGCCAACACGGUGUCCCAUGCCUUAAGGAGUGCCAUUUUUGACUCGUUGAAGCGCAAGGCCAAGCUCGUGUCGGAGAAACUCAACACAGUCGAGGGCUACUCAUGCCAGGUGAGCCCCCCAUCCCCCACACACACCUCUCGACCCAUCUGUGUGUGUAUCUGUGCAUCCAUCCAUCGAUCCAUCAGCCUGUUGAGGGCGCCAUGUAUGCCUUUCCGAGGUUCGAGCUGCCCGACAAGGCCAUCGCGGCAGCGGACGAGGAGGGUCAGAAGCCCGACCUGUUUUACUGCCUGCGGCUGCUGGAGCGGACGGGCGUGGUGGCGGUGCCUGGGUCGGGGUUCGGGCAGAGGGAGGGCACCUACCACUACAGACUCACCAUACUGCCAGAGGUAUCUAUUAUGUUUGCCAGGAGAGAUGCACCCGUGGGUGGAUGUGUGUUGAUGCAUGUGUUGUGUGUUAUGUGCGUCAGGAGUCCAAGUUUGAGGGCAUGUUGGACCGCAUUAAGGCGUUCCACGAAGACUUCAUAAAGGAGUUCUCCUGAGUGAGUGAAUGGAUGCCUACAAGUGUGUGUGUCUGCACUAGGCUGGUCUGAGUGAGUGGAUUGCAUGGCUGCAGCCAUAUAUACGCACAAGCCAGCACUGGCAGGCCCCUUUUUCGGCUU